GAGGCAAAUGUGCAAAGGGCAAAAAAAGGUCACGCUUCUAAAACCUUCACAAAACCCUAGUUUCCUCCAACCAAAAUGCGACCACCAAGAGGCGGCGGAUUCGGUAGCAGAGGUCGCGGAGGCGGCGGUUUCAGGGGCGGCAGGGACGGCGGAGGCCGUGGCGGACGCGGCGGAGGUGGCCGCUUCGGCGGCGACCGGUUCAACGAAGGUCCACCGGAGCAAGUCGUAGAGGUUUCAUCUUUUGUUCAUGCGUGUGAGGGAGAUGCGGUUACGAAGCUCACUAAUGAGAAGAUACCGUACUUUAAUGCUCCGAUUUAUCUUCAGAAUAAGACUCAGAUUGGUAAAGUUGAUGAGAUAUUUGGUCCAAUUAAUGAAUCUUUCUUUUCGGUUAAAAUGUUGGAAGGGAUUAUAGCGGCUUCGUAUGCGGCUGGUGAUAAGUUUUAUAUUGAUCCGGCGAAGCUUUUGCCUCUGGCCCGGUUUCUUCCGCAGCCUAAGGGAGCAGCUGGUGGAAGAGGUGGCGGACGUGGGGGUGGAAGAGGAGGUGGUAGAGGUGGUGGGCGUGGUGGAGGUUCUUUCCGUGGUAGAGGUGCACCGAGAGGUGGCAGAGGUGGUGGUUUUCGUGGUGGUGGUGGUGGGCGUGGCGGUGGGUUUGGUAGGGGCCGAGGGAGAUCAUAGGACAAGGUGUUUUUUGUAUGGUUUAUCUAGUGAACUAAUCCUUUUGUAGGUUUGAUUCAUGUUUCACAUUUGGCUUAUGUUGUGACGUUUAAGUUUGUGUUUGGAUGACUUUAAUGAGAGAAUAUCGUCGUUGACAUGCUCUGUCAAACUUGUUAGAAAA